CAUUCAUCUUACGUGCGUCAUUUCCGUUGUCAGGUGGUGCUGCUAUGGAAAGAUGUGAUCAGUAGUCCCAAGAAGGCUUUUCCUGAUUGCUCGUUUCGGUAAUUGUGAAAUAACUUGCAUUUUGAAAGGUAGAGUGGUUUAUGGUCAGGAGUAACACUCUAUGCAUCACUCCUGAGCAGAUAACUGGACAACAAUGUCGGCAGUUUUGUAGACAACAGAGGAUUCCCCCGGCGGUUUUAGCUCGAGAUUUCUAGAAUGUCUAAGCGCCGUGUUUCAGAGAGAGGGGCAGGGGAGUCUUCGGGCAGGGCCAGCAAACUCCUUUGUCCUGGGAUAUCUGGCAACAAUGCUAAGAGAGCGGGUCCUUUUGUUUUAGGGCCCCGACUGGGGAACUCUCCUGUGCCGAGCAUAGUCCAGUGUCUGGCCAGAAAAGAUGGGACAGAUGAUUUCUACCAGCUGAAAAUCUUGACCCUAGAGGAGCGCAUGGACACAGGCACAGAGACUCAGGAAGAGAGGCAAGGCAAGAUGCUGCUGCACACAGAGUACUCACUGCUGUCUCUGCUUCACAACCAGGACGGAGUGGUGCAUCACCAUGGCCUCUUUCAGGACCGCUCUUAUGAGAUUGUGGAGGACACGGAGGCCAACAAGGUGCGCAAGCUGAAGAAGCGGAUCUGCCUGGUUCUAGACUGCCUGUGCGCUCACGACUUCAGCGACAAGACAGCGGACCUCAUCAACCUGCAACACUACGUCAUCAAGGAGAAGAGACUCAGUGAGCGUGAGGCCAUCGUCAUCUUCUACGAUGUGGUGCGAGUGGUGGAGGCUCUGCAUAAGAAGAACAUCGUGCACCGAGACUUGAAGCUUGGAAACAUGGUGCUGAACAAAAGGACUCAUCGGAUCACUAUCACCAAUUUCUGCCUGGGCAAGCAUUUGGUGAGUGAAGAGGAUUUUCUGAAAGACCAGAGAGGCAGCCCAGCCUACAUUAGCCCAGAUGUCCUCAGUGGCCGCCCCUACCGCGGCAAGCCCAGCGACAUGUGGGCUCUUGGCGUCGUACUGUUCACCAUGCUCUAUGGCCAGUUCCCCUUCUACGACAGCAUACCUCAAGAGCUCUUCCGCAAGAUCAAAGCUGCAGAGUACUCCAUCCCAGAGGAUGGCCGUGUUUCGGAGAGCACAGUGUGUUUGAUCCGGAAGCUGUUAGUGCUGGAUCCCCAGCAGAGGCUGACUGCGGCCGAAGUUCUGGAGGCCCUCAGUGGCAUCAUCGCCUCAUGGCAAUCUGUGUCAUCCGUGAGUGGCCCCCUGCAGGUGGUGCCGGACAUCGAUGACCAGCUCAACCAACCGGAGCUUCUGCAGGAGGCAAAAGUGAUGGAGGAGUCAUCACAGUAUGAGUUUGAGAACUACAUGCGGCAGCAGCUGCUGCUGGCUGAGGAGAAGAACACUAUCCAUGAGGCCAAGAACUUCCUGAGCAAGAGGCCAUUUGGCAGCGUUCCACCUGUGCGACGCCUGGGCCAGGAUGCCCAGCCCGUCAGCCCUCUGGAUGCAGCCAUACUGGCCCAGCGCUUCCUGAGGAAGUAGCCUCCCAGGCCCGCAGACCGCCUCAAGCAGCUCACUGUGAGCGGGAUGCACAAUGGAACUCUGUGUGUGUGCGCGUGCAUGCGUGCACGUGUAUUUGGGUGGGCAAAAAUGGCAUAUUGAACAGUUUGAUCCCAUCUGCUCCUCUCACUGGCUGAGGAAGCGGACUCUGGCUUGGACCCCUCCCUCUCCCUCUGACCUACAGACAUUAUCAGCAAUACCGGGACGGAAUCAUGUAGCAAAUGGACACACUUACACUCACUCGUAUGCAUGCAUGCAUAUGACAUACAUACAUACAUGCAUACAUACAUACAUACAUGCAUACAUAAACCUCUCAUUCUCCCUUUCCACUCUUCAGCACUUUCCAUGGGAACAUCUCAGAUCAUCUGACAUUUAGCUGUCACCCCUCAAUCUGUCCCUUUCCCCUCAAGUAGACCAAUCUUGGUCUGUCCCAUCUGCAUCCAUGACUGCAAAUCUACCUCUUACACUCUGUUUCUGUCGCUCAGUCCGUUUAGAACUAUGCUCUCGAUCCUUUUGAAAACAAGUAUCCAAAUGUGGGGGUAGUGCCACAAGCAGAGGCUAAGAGCAUUAUUUAGUGUGCAGAACUCUUUGGCAUGUCAAAAGCAGUUCUUGGUUUUCCUCAUUAUCUGAAUAAGCUUUGUUCCCCCUCUCUUGUUAGAAAGGUAGCAUUUUACAUAACAUUUUUAUUUUUGUGUCCCUGUUUGAUGUGUUCAUUCUUGUCAGCUAUAACCUCACUUGAAGUCAUACUACAACACAAGGUGUCUGUAUUCCUUCCUCCCUUCAGUGGGCAUUCAUAGGCAGCUAGCGCUGAAAGUCUUAUUGCCAAGAACGUUGCAAAAAGCACCUCUCUACAUCCUGCUGCCGAGUGAGGUACGAUAUUCUCCCCUCUUAACAGGCCCAAAAAUCUACAUCUAUCCCCAAAUGGAGGGCUCUCUUAUGGUGAGCCCCAUCCCCCCACCCCCACCAAAUUAAUGCCUUCUGGGUGCUGCUCAUUGGGCUGCUGGAUAUUGUGCACACAAGCUUGUGCAGCUCACAGCUUUGGCCAGAUGGCAGCAAGGCAAGGCUGUCGGGCAGAAGCACGCCGGUAAGGCGAGGCUGUCAGGCUGCAGUUCCGUGGAAGCCUGAGCUCCUUUUAGCCCCGGUGAGUGCAGCCCUUCAUGCCUCAGCCCAGUCUCUCUGUCUGCUCACUCUCUGGAAAUGGGCCAGCACUUUAAUGUGCAUCUCCUGAAGCAAGCCAGGGUUCUGACGUGCCAAUUGGGCGUAGAGAUCACGGCUGCCUUUCAGGUCAGGAGGUGGGGCAAUUGGCGAUAAAGAACCCAGCAUGUUAAGCCAGGAUGUCAAGAACUCAGCAUUGGCCAGGAAUGUAUAACCAUCCCUAAUCUCAGCUUCCCAUUUUAUUUAAUGGCAAUGUCAUUAUUUAUCUCAUAUUUAAAAAAAAUUAUCAGCAUAACCCUCUUAAAACAUUGGUCACUUCUUUAUGUAGGUUUCUCCACCUCUGUUGAUGAGAAUGUCAUAAGACAUAAGUAUUUACAAUCUUUUUUUUCUAUUUUACCAUCCCUUUUAAGCUACUUGUAUAAAUCUUAGCUGAUGAUAUCUUGCCUUAGAUUGAUUUGUCAUUUUAAUGGUGAGCAGUGAACCGAUGCUCCAGUGUAUCUUAGUAAACAGGUGGUUGUCUUGUAUCAGCGUCUGAACCAGAGACUUAGUUUAUGAGAACCUGGCUGGUCCCACUAAUAUUAGAAAAGUAUUCCAGUACUGUACUCUUGGAGCUUCUCACCUCUCCGCUGUCCUUCUAAUUCUGGAAUAUUCCUGCUCUCAGCUUUAAAAGGCUAAAGCACCCCGACAGGUAGCAUGAAUGAAACUGCUUGGCUUUUCUCUUUUUACAUUUUUUUUAAUUUUCCCUUUUUAAUUUAUUUACUGUUUACGAUUUAUUCUUGCUUUCAUCUGUUAUUUUAAACUCCAACUCUUAAGGUGUGAAGUGUCAUGAGAUCACAACAUAAUCCCACUCUAAAGCAUAUCGCUGUGAUCCCUUUCCUCCAGUGAAGGUUUUUUUUGUUUUGGGUUUUUUUUCUCCUUAUCAUUUUAGUUGAUUAGCAUUUGUUGCCACAAUCCUGAUGGUUGAUUAAGCUACAUUAAUAACAAGACUGACUUUGCAUAGCUCUAUUUUUAAGCAGACUAAAUUAUAUCACACAUUAAAAUGACAUUUAGAAAUGUAGAGUUUAUCCUACAAGUUUAAUACAGUACCACACUGGCCAGUGUGUAAAUACCAUUUUGAUGGUGUUAUGUCUGUAGUGCAAAAAUGAGUAGGCUGCCAUCUUGCAGAGUAUACCAAUGCUUUAACAUGAGUACUUCUCAAAGUAAUGUUGCCUGCCACCAUUGUAAGCAUUAGUCUACUCCCACCUCAAUGUGAAUAUAUUUUUUGGGUAUAAUGCAGUAUUGUAGUAGGUGGCAUGUGUGAGAGAAAAUGUUUUUGUGCUUGUAUGAGAGAAUUGUCUGAGGCAGAAAUGUAAGUACUAAAUCCCUCUCUUAAAACACGAGUGCCCCAUUGUUCAUUAGCAGCAGGGUGAUUUUAGCACCAUCUUCUCAUCGUAAAUCUGUAGGUUUACAAUAUGACACUUGAUGGUGUGAUUGUGUAGUACCCUAACAUAGAAGAAAUACAUUAAGGUCUUUAUUACUGUUCAAUGCCAUUUAAAUGUCAGAACAGGAUUGCUCCUUGCAUAGACAGUUUCUCUCCACCCCCGACCCCCCACCCUUUUUUUUUUUUUUUUUUUUUUUUGCCUUUGGCAACAGAUGGCCAAGCUGUAUUUACAGCAUGAGAUGUGUAUGUUGUUGAGCUAUGUUGUUUGUACACUUAAAAGUAAUUAAUGCAUGAGUCAGACUUGCAAGAUGUGCCACAAGAUCUCUGCAAUUAACAUACCAGAACAUUCAAAUGGCUGUUGGUGUUACAAAGAUGAAAUUCGUAGUCCAACUGAAAAUACACUAAAGAGAGAACUCGGUGGUGAUAAAUUGUGAAUUUCAUUUUGAAGUCAGUUAUUUUUGUUUGAAAGUUUGAUUUUCUUGUCCUGUCAUAUAAACAUUUGCAUAUUUUACUAACUGGAAAAUUAAAUUGAUAUAGAAAGAGAUCAUGGGAAAAUUUGUUAAAAGUCUAAAACUUGGUGUUGUAAGCUGCUUGGCUGGAUUGAUAUCAAAGAAGAAACUGGGUAAUUGUACAGAGAUAAAGACAAAUUUGUAUAAAAGACAUAUUUUUGUACUUCAUAAAAUCUCUACAUGCAUGUCAGCAAUAAACUUUGAUAUGGAAAA